AUGAACUCCCUCCUUGAGGCGCUGUUCUCUCCUCUUCCUCUCCCGGCCAUCAUCUCCCUGUUUGCUCUGGCAGCCGCCACCUUGUUCUACCUCAACACUCGGCCCAGCCCCAUGCGCUCCCCCGUUGACCUCAACAGCCAAUCGCUGGGCAUCAAGGAUGGAGCGAGGAAGACGGCGUUGCUCGAGGACAACAACAACCUGCUGUCGUAUUACCACGCGGACGCCACGACCCUCUACGAGGUCUUCCAGAGGGGUCUGAGGGUUUCAGGAAACGGACCAUGCUUGGGCUACAGAAAACCAGGAAAGCCGUACCAGUGGCUUAAGUACAAGCAGGUUUCUGACAGAGCGCAGCACCUGGGUUCAGGGCUUCUUCACAAGGGUUUGAAGCCGAACGCCAACACUUUGAUCGGCAUCUUUGCUCAGAAUCGACCUGAGUGGAUUAUUGGCGAACAGGCCUGCUACACCUACUCCAUGGUAGCCGUCCCCCUGUACGACACCCUGGGACCUGAAGCUCUGGUGUUCAUUAUCGACCUUGCGGAGAUCUCCACGGUGCUCUGUGACAACCAAAGCAAAGCAGAAACUCUGCUGCAGAACCGGGAGAAAGGCCAGACUCCGGUUCUCAAAGUCAUCAUCGUCAUGGACCCUUUCGACUCGGCGCUGGCGGAGCGGGGCACGGAUUGCGGGGUGGAGGUGGUGUCGCUGCAGGACGUGGAGGCUCUGGGGAAGAGUAACCUCCAACAGCCGAUUCCCCCGAAGCCAGACGACCUCAGUAUCGUCUGCUUCACCAGCGGCACGACAGGAAAUCCCAAAGGAGCGAUGUUGACCCAUGAGAACGUUGUCUCAGAUGCUGCAGGGUUCCUCAAAACCUUCGAUGUGUGCAUUGUUCCAUGCACCCAGGAUGUCAGCAUCUCAUUCCUGCCUUUGGCGCACAUGUUCGAGAGAGUGGUGCAGACGGUGCUAUACGGCGCUGGAGCCAAAGUGGGAUUCUUCCAGGGAGACAUCCGACUGCUGCCGGACGACAUGAAGACCCUGCAGCCCACCGUGUUCCCUGUCGUGCCGCGGCUUCUCAACCGAGUCUACGACAAAGUUCACAGUAGGGCCAAAACUCCUUUCAAGAAAUGGCUGCUGAACUUUGCCGUGCAGAGAAAGUUUGCUGAAGUGAAGGAGGGCAUCAUCAGGAACGACAGCUUGUGGGACAAGCUCAUCUUCAACAAAGUGCAGGAGUCUCUGGGGGGCCGAGUGAGGAUCAUGGUGACGGGAGCAGCUCCCAUAUCGCCCCCCGUGCUCGACUUCCUCAGAGCUUCUCUGGGCUGCCAGAUUUUUGAGGCGUACGGUCAGACCGAGUGCACUGCCGGCUGCACCUUCACCAUGCCGGGAGACACCACCUCAGGGCAUGUUGGAGUGCCGAUGCCUUGUAAUGUUGUUAAGUUGGUGGAUGUUGAAGAAAUGAACUACUUUGCCUCAAACGGAGAAGGAGAGGUCUGGAUUAAGGGUAGAAAUGUGUUCAAGGGCUACUUGAAAGACCCAAAGAAAACCGCAGAGGCCUUGGAUGAAGACGGUUGGCUCCACACCGGGGACAUCGGAAAAUGGCUUCCGAGUGGCGUGCUGAAGAUCAUCGACCGGAAGAAGAACAUCUUCAAGCUGGCUCAGGGCGAGUACAUCGCCCCGGAGAAGAUUGAGAAUGUGUAUGGACGCAGUGAACCUGUGGCCCAAGUGUUUGUGCACGGAGAGAGUCUACAGGCCUACCUGAUCGCCAUCGUGGUCCCGGACUCUGAAGUCCUGCUGGGUUUGGCAAAGACUCUCGGGUGCCAAGACUCCUUUGAGGAACUCUGCAAAAACACCGAAAUUAAAAAAGCCAUUCUUUCAGACAUGACCAAGCUGGGCAAAGAAGCCGGGCUAAAGUCAUUCGAACAGGUGAAGGACGUGCACCUCCACCCAGCGCUGUUUACCAUCGAGAACGGCCUGUUGACUCCGACUCUCAAGGCCAAGCGGGCUGAGCUAAAAGCUCUCUUCCAGCCUCAGAUUGACCGACUGUACGCCAACCUCAAAUAA